CCGAGUCUCAAUUCCAGCCCUCACCACGACCACCUGCGCUAAAGAAUAUUACAGAUUUUCGCCAUCAUGAAAUUCCUCUCCUUCCUUGCAAUGACCCUUGGCUUUAUGGCAGUUGCUGCCAGCGAAGACAAGUACGUAUUUGAAAGGCUGGACAAGAAUGACGCACUGCUCCUGGUUGUCGAUCUCCAGGUUGGCCUCUACAGCCUGGCUCGGGACUUUGACCCGACGCUCUACCGCGAUCAGAUGCUCGCUCACGCCGCCCUGGGCAAGGUCUUUGAUCUGCCAGUAAUUUUGACAACAUCCGCCGAGAAUGGUCCCAACGGCCCUUUGCCUAAAGAGAUCCUUGAGAUGCACCCUAAUGCGCCACUUGUGCAACGUCAAGGAGAGGUCAACGCCUGGGACAACCAGGAGUUUCGAGAUGCUGUCAAGGCUGCCAACAAGUCCCAAAUCAUCAUGGCCGGUAUUACGACUGAUGUCUGCACGACCUUUCUGGCACUUUCUCUUCGAGAGGAGGGUUACUCCGUCUGGGCCAACGUCGAGGCUUCUGGCACCACCUCCCCUCUUGUCCGCGACAUCUCCAACGAUCGAAUGGCCAAGGCCGGUGUCCAUACAGUCAGCCUCUUCUCCAUUGCUUGUGACCUGAUGAGAGACUGGCGAAACACUCCCGGCGCCAAAGAGAUGAUUCCCUGGCUAGAUAAAUAUUUCCCUGUCUGGGGAUACGUUGCUAGGUCCCACGAGGCAGCUGUCAACAACGGCACCAUCCAGCCUGGUGAGGAGAGGCUCAACUAAGAACGAAAUAAUUUGAGCGAUGAUCAACACCAGAUACCUUGGGGAAAGCUGAUGGGCCUAGAGAGGCGUAGGAGGUCCAAAAAUACUUAUUACACCCAAUGCUACUAGAGCGAAUCGCCGGAAGCGUUCAUCAUAGUAAAGAGCCAAAAUUCCUGCGGUAUAGAAUCUGUAUUCCUCCCUCAUUUCCUAUUCGACCUGACAACAAUUCAGCAGCAAUGUAGCCG